AUGGGAAAUUGCCUAUCAUGUUUCUUUGGAAAAAAUGAACGUGAGGCAGUAGCUGAUUUAUUAACAUAUCUUGAAAAUCGUGCCGAAACAAAUUUUUUUGAGGGUGACCCAUUACGAGCUCUUUCUACAUUGGCGUUCUCGGACAAUGUAGAGUUACAACGUUCUGCUGCUUUAGCAUUUGCCGAAAUUACAGAAAAAGAUGUUAGGGAAGUAGACCGAGAAACAAUGGAACCAAUAAUGUUUCUUCUCAAAUCUUAUGAUGUUGAAGUUCAAAGAGCUGCGUCUGCUGCAUUGGGAAACCUAGCUGUUAAUACUGAAAAUAAAUUAUUAAUUGUUCAAAUGAAUGGAUUGGAACCUCUAAUUCGACAAAUGUUAUCUCCAAAUGUAGAAGUUCAAUGUAAUGCAGUGGGCUGUAUCACAAAUUUAGCUACUCACGGUAAAAAUAGGAUUACUUUAUCUGGUGCUUUAGUUCCGCUCACGCGUCUAGCACGUUCAAAGGACAUGCGUGUACAAAGAAAUGCAACUGGGGCACUGCUAAACAUGACUCAUUCUGAUGAAAAUAGGCUACAACUUGUUAAUGCAGGUGCUAUACCUGUGUUGGUGAACCUUUUAAAUUCACCUGAUACGGACGUUCAAUAUUAUUGCACUACUGCUCUUAGUAAUAUUGCCGUUGAUGCAACAAAUCGUAAGAAACUUGCUGCAACUGAAUCAAGAUUGGUACAUUCUCUAAUUGGAUUAAUGGAUUCUACUUCAUUAAAAGUUCAAUGUCAAGCAGCUUUAGCAUUAAGAAAUUUAGCAUCAGAUGAAAAAUACCAACUCGAAAUUGUUCGUUCUCGUGGCUUACCGCCGCUUUUAAGACUUUUACAAUCAUCAUUUUUGCCGCUUAUUUUGUCAUCUUAA